UACACAGUUGAAGGGAGAGAUGGCGGACCGUUGCCUAUGAAUAAGCAAAAAUAAGGAUGCCGAGUUGCUAAGGAAGACAACACAGCUACCCGGAGCAAAAGCAGUGCUCCUUAUUAAAGAAACCUCUGUUCUGGAUUUGUUUCUCUUAAUAUUCGGACGCCGGGGUUGCUUUUUUUUAAAUAUAUAUACAUUUAUAUAUGUAAUAAAAAGUGGUGGGCAUUUGCAUCAGAUUGUUUUCCUCACCCCAUCCAUCUCUUGUCUUGUUGGAAGGCGGCUAUGGCUGCAGAGGGGCUGCUGGAAAGUGCAGGUCACUAUAAAGCAGAGAUAGCGCGGCUGUCCCGGGAGCUGUCGGAAACCACCCAGGAGAAAAUCAGGGCUGCCGAAUGCGGCUUGGUGGUCCUGGAGGAAAAUCAAACCCUAAAGCAGCAGUAUACGGACCUGGAAGCGGAUUAUGACACCCUCAAACAAGAGCUGGAGCAGCUCAAAGAGGUAACUACACAGGCAUUUGGCCAGGCCUAUUCGAUCCAGAGGAAGGUGGCAGAGGAUGGGGAGACCCUCGAGGAAAACCUGCUGCAGGAGUCUGCCUCUAAAGAGGCCUACUACAUGAGCAAGAUCCUGGAGCUGCAAACCGAAAUGAAACAGAACAAGAGCGUCAUGUCCAACGUGCAGGCUGAGAACGAGCGGCUCAACGCAGUGCUGCAGGACCUCCGGGAGAAUAACGAGGUGCUCGAGCUGCAGAGGACUCGUAUGAAGGAUGAGAUUCGAGAGUACAAGUUCCGGGAGACGAGGCUCCUGCAGGACUACACAGAGCUGGAGGAGGAGAACAUCAUGCUGCAGAAACUGGUCUCCACCCUCAAGCAGAACCAGGUAGAGUACGAAGGGCUGAAGCAUGAGAUCAAAUGCCUGGAGGAGGAGACGGUCCUUCUCAAUAGCCAGCUGGAAGACGCGCUGCGCCUGAAGGAGAUCUCGGAGAGCCAGCUGGAGGAGGCCCUGGACACCCUGAAGAACGAGCGUGAGCAGAAGAACAACCUGCGCAAGGAGCUCUCGCAGUACAUCAGCAUGAGCGACAGCAUGUACAGCACCCACCUCAGCAUCUCCGUCGACGGGCUCAAGUUCAAUGAGGAGGCCAACAACGGCACGCCCAACAACGAGGACAAGUGCAACGGGCACGUCCACGUCCACGGCCCGCUGGUCAAGCUCAACGGAGACUACCGGGGCUCCACCUCCCGGAAAGGAGAGGCGUUGCACCCUGUCUCCGACCUCUUCAGCGAACUCAACCUCUCUGAGAUGCAGAAGCUCAAACAGCAGCUGCUACAGGUGGAGCGAGAGAAAGCCAACCUCCUGUCCAACCUCGAGGAGUCUCAAACGCAGCUGGAGCACACCAAGGGGGCUCUGACGGAGCAGCACGAGCGCAUACACCGCUUGACCGAGCACGUCAACUCCAUGAAGAGGCUGCAUAGUAACAAGGAGCUCCCGAUGGACCUGGAGACGGAAAAAUCGGCCCGCGAAGCCUCCCAGGAGGGCCACGACUACGAAGUGGACAUCAACGGGCUGGAGAUCCUGGAGUGCAAGUACAAGGUGGCCGUCACCGAGGUCAUCGACCUCAAGGCCGAGAUCAAAGCCCUGAAGGAGAAGUACAACAAGUGCUUGGAGAGCUACACGGACGAGAAGACCAAGGGGGAGAGCAAGAUCCAGGUGCUGGACGAGCAGGUGGCCAGGCUGGAGAAGACCCACAAGGAGUGCGGGGAGCGGAUCUCCUGCCUGGAGAGAGAAUUGCAGACGGUGACUGGGAUGGCCAACGAGAACCACAACACCCUCAACACAGCCCAAGAUGAGCUGGUGACCUUCAGUGAGGAGCUGGCCCAGCUCUACCACCACGUCUGCCUCUGCAACAAUGAGACGCCCAACCGGGUGAUGCUGGACUAUUACAGGCAGAGCCGAGUGACCCGCAGCGGGAGCCUAAAGGGGUCUGAUGACCCCAGGGGACUCUUAUCUCCGCGACUGGCACGCCGGGCCAUGGUGACCCCGUUGGAACACAGGAGCCCAGCGGAACAAGCUCCAAAGGACGCCAGCGAAGCCAGCAAGGAGCAAAGCCAGAGUCCCACUCGAACCCCCAUAGUUUCUCCCGUGAUAACUGCCCCGCCCUCCUCUCCCGUCACAGAAUCCAGCGACCUCCGCAAGGAGCCCAUGAACAUUUACAACCUCAAUGCCAUCAUCCGAGACCAGAUCAAGCACCUGCAGAAAGCCGUGGACCGGUCCCUCCUGCUCUCCAGACAGCGUGCAGCAGCGAGGGAGCUGGCCCCCAUGAUCGAUAAAGACAAGGAGGCGGUGAUGGAGGAGAUCCUCAAAUUAAAAUCGCUGCUCAGCACCAAGCGGGAGCAGAUAGCCACGCUGCGCUUAGUCCUGAAAGCCAACAAACAGACAGCUGAAGUUGCUCUCGCCAACCUGAAAAGCAAAUAUGAAAACGAGAAGUCAAUGGUGACGGAAACCAUGAUGAAACUCCGAAACGAGCUGAAGGCCUUGAAGGAAGACGCAGCCACCUUCUCCUCCCUGAGAGCCAUGUUUGCCACCAGCGAAUUUUCCGGGUUGGAGGGGCGAUCGAAAAUUGGCAUCGGUUUUGAAAUUUUGCUGAUCAUGGCGAACCAAAAAGCAUGGUGUGAUGAGUACGUCACCCAGCUGGAUGAGAUGCAGAGGCAGCUGGCCGCAGCGGAGGAUGAGAAGAAGACCCUGAACUCUCUGCUCCGCAUGGCCAUUCAGCAGAAAUUGGCCCUGACCCAGCGGCUGGAGGACCUGGAGUUUGACCACGAGCAGUCGCGCCGCACCAAGGGCAAGGCCACCAAGAUCAAGAGCAGCACUCCCAAAGUAAGUCGCAAGGCAGCCGGCAGUGUACCAGCGCCUGACACCGUAGGCAGCCCGCCAGCUAUCACAGGCACCCCACCUUCCCUCCUAGACAUUCCGCAGUGGACUACAGGUACUGAACCGAUCAAUGCAGGCAGUCCGCUAUGGAGCUUAGGCACUCAGCCGUUUACUGUAGAUACUCGAGCAUUGACCAAAGAGUUCACUGUAAACACAAGACUAUCUCCUGCAGACAUCCACCCAUUCACUCGCCCAUCUUCUCCAUACCCUAGGUCGCCUAUCCUAGGCCUCAGACCAUCUACCCUAGGCCGGUCUUUUGUAGACCCACCACCAUCUUCCUUAGUUACUCCUCCAUCCACCCCAGGUGCCUCCACCAUACAGACUCAGGGCUCACAGCAGUGACACAAUCUGGGGGAGAGACAGUGGUGCUGAGAGGACAGUGGAAUGCAUUUAUAUUCCCAGCUGGACCAAACCUGGAUUCGCCUUUAUGACUUUAGAUUGUUAACCAAUCCGACUUCCUCAGGGUUAGAAAAAGAAAUCGAAACAAGCAGGAAUCUGGAGAGUGUUUCAACUUUGAUUUGAAUUUUUGAUUAGAUUUUUUUUUUCGAGCGUUAGUGUGGAGAAGCCCUAUGUUACGACAGUUGUAAUAUAACCAGUUUUUUUAUGCAAACAUAAUGCACUUCAGUGCCUUAUACAGUACUGUUUUUUUUCUUUUUAAAUAACUUUUGUCCAAAACCAUAAAAUGGCUGAAUUGGUUGUCUUCAUUUAUGCUAGCACUUGUAUGCCAGUGUGAAAGUAAGUUAGAUGUCAGCCCAUAGCUUUAAUCAUUUAUAAGCAAGAAGGUAGGCACAAAGAUAGAUAUGUAAUAUCUACUAAUAACUACUAGGGCGCAGAUUGGGCUAAUGGUUUUAGAGAGAAAGGAAUAAGAGAAUGCAGGUCCUGCAGGUCACCUUAUUUACAGUGGAUAGUAAAAGCUAAUAUAUUAAUGUAGUAAAUCUUCACUUGAAUCCUGUGCUAUCCUAUGUUCAUCACAGUUUGUGGGUUAUGAAAGUAUUGGCAUGUGCAACUACUCCCAAUAUUCCAAGUAAUUCCCUUUAACAUAUGUCGGCAGGUAUUAAUUUAAACAGAAAUAAACUUAAAAAUGUGUUCAUUGUGAAAACAUUAAACAAUGCUUUCUCCAUCAUUUGCAAUCUACACAUUAAGUACCUGUCAAUAAAAACAAUCAAAAAGUCUCCUGGCAUUGUAUGACAGGGUAGCCGGGAGGAAGAGACACUCAGAACACAGAAGCUGCAGUUUCGAGCACAAAUGCGCACUUCAUUUACAAACACAGAACGGACACAAAAACACAAAAUAAAAGGCACAAGGGCCAAAACUAAAGGUCUACAAAACUCACAACAAUACAGGACGAGACAGCACAGAACACCAAACACACACCUUCACGUCUAUCACCAACAUGAAUUAUAGCCUUCCUCCUAACACCCUUGAACACCUAUUUUAUACACCUGUGGCUGGAGCCUAAUUAAUGACUUCAUCGUUCAUUCAAUUGUUGGCUCCAGCCAUGUGUUUUGACAGGAAGAAAUGUAACCCCCUCCCUGCCAACCUAAUAUCCCCCCCCCACCACACACACACACACACACACACGUACACCGGCAGGGCUUUCACUCUGCCACACUGCCACACAUUGUGAAUAAAAAUAAAAUUGUCUAACGCUUGUCAGAACCAGAUUCAUUAAAACCACAUAUAUUUUAUCUGCAAUUAUUUGUCUUACUUUUUAUGUCUGUAUUGAUAUUAAAUCAAUUUUCAUUUUUCAAUACCGUUAUUAUACAACAAAUGUUCCAAAAUAUUUAAAUACUUAGCUGAACAACAGUUAAUGCUAAAUUGCAGAACACAGUAUGUCGUUUUUUUAUGUCCACAUUUGAAACACAUUCUCUUUUCACCAUCAGUGAAUAAAUAAAAUAAAAUAAAAACAUAAAUAAAAAUAACAACAGACGUGUGAAAUGUCCCUUUCUUGUACUAAACAGAGUGAUCUUUAGCAGAAAUAUUAGCUACCUUUGAUGUAGCUAGUGUCUUUUUUGUUGAAGACAUUUUUGUGAAAUCGUGCAGCUCUAUGCAAUGUGUUCAGUCAUUUACCAGAAGCAAACUAAACCGGCUGCCAGGUUCAUAAAUGUGACAAUGCGGCAGGAAAGCAAAUGUUUGUUGUGUUUAUUUUUAAGUGCUACAAAAAUGGAUAUUUACACUAUUCUUUCAGAAAUGGGAAUUUCAAAGGGAACUACUUAUUACACGGCGAUGGGUAAAUAUCAUGGAAACCGUGAAAAAAUACAGCCUUAGUUAAAAUUAUUACCUGAUGACUGAAAAUAUGUUAAAGGAUGUUACUUAAAACCUGAGUGUUUGCACAGCCUGGGAACGAAUCAUGUCAUGUAAUGUCAUGUGUGAUUCCCCUAUGAUUCCUACAAGAAGGCAUGCAGGCAGAGCAAGGGGCAAUAUAAAAACAGUUCCCUGUAUAAAGAAUACAUUUAGCUUUCAUGAAAAGUUGUUCUUCAUAACCAGUUGUUUGAGACAAACAUAGCAAAUAGCACUGCCAGUAAGUUUACUAAAUUACUUACUGUGCAACUCAAAUGGAAAUUGAUGGAAGCAACUUUAGGGAGUAGAGAAUCAAAAACAUAUUAAAAAGGUUUUGAGACCUUAAAUUACCUCAGAGCUGUAACUCUGAUCUCUAAAUGCAAUGCAGUGCUUGGAGAUUUUUGUUUACAUAGACUGUUAAACGGCUCUGUUCUAUUGCAUGAAGUGCUAAAUGAAAUGUUUCAGUAAAAAGAAACAAAAUCUCAAAAUGUGUGACCUUAAAACCCUCUGAAUCAUAAUUACAAAUAUUGUAGAAAAACAUUUAAACCAUUGUAUUUUUUUGGUCUUUCAAAUGGAAACUUUAACAAUCAUGUUGUCAUCAUACAAACUAGAUUCAUUCGAUUUUUAUUACAUGAGUAACUUAUUUUAUUUUUUCUAACAAAAUCUUUAUAUUCCAAUCUUUAUAAGCAGAAAAGAAAAGCACACACAAUUAAGUUACUAAACCAGAAAUACAUAUAGGUCUGAUUUACAAUUAUAAAUCACGUAUGAAAAAUCAACCAAUCACUGUUUGGAUCUGUCAAAAUUCCAGUGCAUCUCAUCCUGUGUGCAGAUGUCACCCCGUAUACGGAACACACAGCACAGUUCUAAAGUUCUAGAAAAUAAAAAAUUUUAUGUUUAACAGUCGUUCCAAAGUUCGAUCCUCAUUUCUGAGAUGCCUGAUAAAUCAAUACAUUGUUUGUGGGUUCUUUUUUGUUUUAACAGAAAUAAUUUCACACAGUUUGAGCAUUGCAGUCCUCUCACCGGAAACUACAGGGCAAUAAGAAACCCCUGCACUCAGCGUAUUAACUUUAAAUUAAAAUGUAUUGCAUUGUUGACAAGGACUGACUGGGAACCUCUCCGUCCAUACGCGCUGAUGAAGUAUUAGUUAUGUCCUAAAUCUGUGUAGAGCGCAAUAUAAACAACGACAACUCCAGAACAUGAUACCUCACCUAGUCAUGAGUGAUUUUAUUGAGAGAACAGCUUCUAAUGAUUGAAUACAUUAUCAAUCAAAUAAACCUCAAAUGCAUCAGGCAUUCCUAUAAGCAAUACCAGAUUCCUGUUCACAAAGCUUUAACAGAAUUAAAAAUAAAAAAUAUAUAAUGAGAUAUAUAUAUAUAUAAACACACCUAUACUCAGAGUUUUGAUACUCAGAAAGCACCAAGUUGACAUGCUUUAAUUUCAGGUACUAUGUCAUACUUGUCUUUCCUGGACAGUGUAAUUCUCUCCAAAGAUUUCAAUACCUUCUUUCCAGUCAUUAACCAACCAACUGCCCUCCCCUAAUGACUGACAUGCUUUGCAGCCAGUGACGUUCUUUAACCUGGGAUGAAAUGACCUGGAUGAAAAUGUAACAAGACUUACCUGAAAUGAGCCAUCAAAAUUUAGAGCGUCAACAGUCUUUAAAUAAGUUGAUCCUUUGUGAAUAGAACCCAACAGAGUUCAGAUCAUUUCAAACCAACAUUUCCCAUCAAUACACCAGAAACAAUGGCAAAAUCAUUCAGCUGCUGCCUGGAAAAACAAGUGACACGUGUUUGAAGUAAACAGAAAAACUGUCUGAUCCAGCAUUGAUUGGGACCAGAAAAUUGUGCUGGAUUACAGAAGUCCUAUAAAAUCUAAUACUUUACCCCAAAUAAUAGGUAUUGAUGACAAAACUAUUUGAACCCUGGAUAACUCUAUUACAGUACAGUACAUACAGUAGAGGUACUGUCCAGCUAAACCCAGUCAGUCAAGGAUUGUAUACAUUUUUAUUAAUGUAAUGUUACUUUCAACUACUGUACUCGCUGUAGAUUAGUUACAAAGUUGCAUAUAAGCGAGGCAAGUAUAAUGUGCUAAUUGUCAGUAAAGAGUACGUUAUCAGAACAGCUUUUUAGGACUCAGAAUACCUCAGCCUGCUGACAAGCUCAUGUUAAAAGCAGAGUGUGGAAAACACAAAACAGACACAACCAAGACCCUAACCUUAAAGAGCAAUUUGGUAGGGGUCUGAAAUAUUACAUGUAUCUUAAUGAAUUCUUCUUCGUGUUUAGAUUCACUUUGUGUUUCAGUCAUCACAUCCUGAAAGUUUAAAGCACUCAUGUGACCUGCUCUCAGCAGCAUGUCUGGACUACGUUCAUCAGAAACACCACAGUGUAACCAUUACCCUGUCCUCCCGCAACACUGCCCCUAGUGAAUGUAAGACAUGCAACGCUUGCUUUAAAUGAAGUAGUACUUACACCCACUAGCAGAGUUCCAGCGGGACGGGUUAAUGGGUACACUCUAGUGUGCUCUGGAGUUUAGACAUGAUUCUGAGCGCUCUACUCAGACCACAGCUGGGUCUUAAGAAGCAGCCAGGAUGUGAUAAGUGCAACAGAAAACGAUACACAACAUUAAUCGUACCCAUACCAACUAGCUCAAAGACUCUUUGUGCCAGAUCCUUCAAACCAGGGUUCUGAUAAUUAGCGUGUUUAGAGAAAAGUGAUUAACAGUGUUUCUGAAAUACCUACAGGCAAGAGCGCUGAGAUUAGAAGACUUCGAAAAAUACUCUGCGGAGAAUCUUAACAAACUGCUGUGUGAGUUUCACCAUACAAGUUUGACUUCCAAACUUGUUUUCUCUAUUUGGAAGGGCAUAGUAUAUAUAAAAUAAACAGACAUGGACUGCUGUGCUUUGGGUUAUAGUGGAAAAACUGUAAAGCGCAGGUUAAUCCGCAUUUAAAGAAGAAUAGAAUGCAGCUUUAUGAUGGCCUGUGAAAUUCCCAGAUCCAAUUCAAUCAGUCUUCCAGUCAUAGACAGACAUGCACCAAACAAAAAGGUCAAAAUCUUUUGUUAACAUAACGUGUAUAUAUAUACUAUGGGGCAUACAAAACCAUGUAAGAACAGGGUAAUAACUGUAACUACCAAUGUUAUCUUUUCUUACACAGCCUCUACUGGUGCAAUAAGGGUUUCAUUACAUGGGGAUACUGUACUGCGUCUCUGGAUAUCGUAAUAGAACAAGGAAGAUGUAUUGUUUGAUUGACUCAAGCAUUACAAGAUUUUAGCAGGGAUUAUUGCUAUUAUUUUAUACAAAUGUAAAAUAUGAAUAAUACAUACAGAUACAGAUGUAAUUUGGUAAAAUUGUAAUAAUCUUAUUAAUAUAAUAAUCUGUGUCAGAUCUUUUAAUAAUGUCGCUCUUUAGCUCUAUAUUAAUCCUGCUAGGCGUUCUUAAUCUCUGCUGGGGUUUCCCCCAGAGGUGAAUUAAUUAACGUUACUACAUUCAAUAAAAAUACAAUGAAAUGAAGACUGCAGAAAAGCAGAUUUAUACAUUUUAGGGCAGCGUUAUUAAGAUCUGCUACUAUUUAGAUCUAGACAGCUUUAUGAUAUUAGCGUUUCAUCAAAAACAGGUUUGAGUUCCAUUAAGAUCAUAAUAAUAUUAGAAAACAAGGUGCUGUGAACAUAGGCUAUAUACAUAUUAAGUAUCAAUGCAAUGUGUUAUAGAUUAUAUAUUAGAUUUCCCACUAUAAAUCAAGUACAGUCCAUAUUUGUACAAUUAAACAAUAAGAUAUAACCCACUAUACACAUAUAUUUACAAUAAGAAAGUAUUGUGCUAUAGAGCCCCCCUUUUCUGUUUAAGAUCUUGUAAUUCUUUGCUCUGUAAUGCAGAGUUUUUAAAUGUAGUGCUAUAGAUUACUGCUGCUUCCUGGUACCUGUGCUGCAGUUAAAACUCACUCCAAAAGUGGAGCUGCAAUCAGGCUGUGUGCUGUACAGCAAAGCAGUAGGGUGUAGCAGUUUAUCUAUAGCCUUGCAGUUUGAAAUACUUGCAUAUCCCAAAUGAACGCUGAAGAAACAAAUGCUUCUUAGCACAGUAAAAAAGAGGGGCCAGUAAUAAUGUUAAUAAACCAAAUAAGAGUUAAGGGAUAGUAAAGCAUUGGUUUGAUGAAUUCAUAAAAUGUUAUCUUUAACAAAAGUUAGAUUUCACUCAUCAAAACUAACACUUAUUUUUCCAUUGCUUUGAUGCCACUCUUUCACUUGAUUAAGUGAAAUCGUGUGACCGAAGAACACGUACAGUCGGACACUGCCUUUUAGAGUUUGUAGUUCCUUCAUGAGCAAUAAUAAAAGGGUUAGUGAUCAUUAUUUUAAAAACCAAGGAGAGAAAGGUAGCUGGUAUGUUUUGUGAGUCAUUAUACUGGACCGUUAUCCUGUGCAUUAGGAAGGCAGUGUAAAUGUGCUUGUAUUUAUAAGAACCAGUGGAAAACGGGACACCUGCUUACAUGCUUUUUCAUGUUUAUUAUUAUUUUAUUAUUGAUACAAAUAUAUAUGUACAUUGUUUAAAUAAACGUUAAUUUUUAUCAUAGUAGUAAAAUACAGUCAUUUUACUCAAAAUGAAAUGUGCAUUUGUUCAAGUUCCGAUCGAUUUGAGCAGAAUAACAUUUAAACCAGUUGACUGUAGAGAUCCCUGCUCUUCUCCCUCUGCCACUUCUAAAGGUAACACCCUCCGAAAAAAGAACAUCUUGAAAUGUUACCCCAGGCCUGAAAUCGUUGAUCUCAAAUGACAUUCCAUUUAAGAAUUAUUUUGUAAUUCAUUGUAGCCACAGUUUAGAAUCCAUAUGGACUGCUGACCAUUGUAUCUGCAGUAACGAUGGCUUUAAUAAACUAGGAAUGUUUCCUCGUUUUACUGGCUGCAGCUCAACUGCCCUCCCAACCUGUAACCACAGUCUCUGCUUUAUGAAUGUGUCAAACUGUUCCUCCACCCCCAUGUAAACAUCCAUCACCGGCACACACUUGCACAGAUGCUGUCUAACUAUAUUUUAUCCCAGAUUAUGAAUGCACUUCCCCUUCAGCUAAACAGCUCUCAAGUUUGUUAAAACAUGAAUCCUGUGGUAUAAUGAUGAUUGUGGUACAGCAUAUGUAUUUUUUUCUAUGAAGGACCAGACAGGGAAGUGAAUGUACGUAGGAAAAUGGAGAACAACGAUUUUGUAAAAACAGAAUCAACUAGGAGAUCCGAUACUGUAGUAGCAAUCUACUGUUAUGUAGCUGUUUAAAUGUACAUUGUGUUUGUAUAUAUGUGUGCAUAGUGGCUGUAUCUGUGUUGUCUCUGUGUAAUAUGCAAAGGAAAUAAUACAUUUUGAGACUUACGGUACACAA